AUGGACCCACGGAUGAAUUCAUCCAACAUCAGCCAACAGGGUGAGUGCAGGACUUAAAGGAGCCAGCCGCUACUCUCAUCACAGUGAAAAAGAGACUGUCAAACCCAACAGGAUGUUGACACAGCCUGAUAAUGUUUCUUAACCUGUUGAACUGUGUAUUCUAAAAUGAAUUUCCAUUUCCAGGUGCAGCAACGUCACCGACUGAAACACUCCAAAAUGAUUCUGGUUGUAAAGGUUUCAUUUACGACUCGCACAUCACCCCCGUUCUGUACUUUAUUAUUUUCCCGUUAGCUUUGUUGCUAAAUGGCGUAGCAGCCUGGGUGUCCAUACACCUCAAAUCUGCUUCUACCUUUAUCGUGUACCUGAAAAACCUAGUUGCUGCUGACAUUGUUAUGACCAUAAUUGCCCCAAUCAAAGCUGCGAGUGACCUCCAGAGUGCAUCGAGCGAUUUAUUUGCACUUUCAUGCCGUUACUUUAGCGCUGCCUUCUACAGCACGCUGUACACAUGUAUCGCUUUGUUGGGUUUAAUAAGUCUGGACCGUUUCUUUAAGAUCAUGAUGCCCCACUCCAAGUUGUUCAGUAAUGUAACCCUCAGCAAAGUAGUCUCAGUCUUAGUCUGGUUGAUACUGUUCGGAGGCUCAGCUUUGCCCAAUAUCAUCCUGAGUAAUCAAUCACUUGACAACCUGACACAGAUCAGCAGCUGCAUGACGCUGAAAGGAGAAGCCGGACUUCAAACACACGAGAGGACGGUGAUUUUCCUGAAUGUUUUUUUCUGGCUCGUCAGUGUGGUCAUCGCGGUUUGCUAUAUUUGCAUCACAAACAAAGUCAUUCAGUCUUUCAGAAACUCUGGCAGCAACAACAACCAGGGAAAGCAGAAGAUCAAACUACGCGUCUUUCUAGUUCUCAUAGUGUUUUUCGUGUCAUUUGGUCCAUAUCACAUCAUCAGGAUCCCAUACACUUUCGCUCAAGUCAGCUAUUCUUCCAAGACCAGCUGUGAUUAUCUAUUAGGAAAGUUUGCCAAGGAGAUCAGCCUGUGGUUUGCCACCACAAACAUCUGUAUGAACCCACUUCUCUAUGUGUUUCUGUGCAGGGAGUUCAAAGAAGAACUAGAGUCACUGAUGAGACGUUUGUCCAUCAGAUUUUGUGCAACGGGAAAGGUAGACAGCACAGUACCACAGACUAGACUCUGA